AUGGCCAGCGAUGUGAUAAAUCCGCUGUCCAAAACCUGGGUACGCCUACAAAUUGAACCAGUCGAGGUGGCUACCGACGAUGGCGGUAUCGUGUUCGCAUCAGUGCAAUCCGUUGUGCCUGGAGCACACGGAUUGUACUAUCGUCAGGACGGUCAACGAAGACCACUUGAAUACGAUACAAACACGGGUAGAAUUCUAGCGCCGGCCAAUGGAUGGAACGCCCAGGAUAUCUACAUUCAUCUUGUCGUAGCCAAAAUUGCUGUCCUUGAAUUGAAAUGGCGCCGAUGCGUGUGCGAUGCUUUUUCUGCAGCUGCACAGUCCUUAGUCGACAGCGGGAAAAGCUUUUUUCCCCCUGACUACUGCCUCGUUUCCCCCAUCGAUGACGGCCUUGGCAUAAAGAGAGGUGAACACUCAUGGGGGACUUUCUCGAGUAGCUAG